CCUGGAGGAAAGAUGGUGGUGAUCAAGGCCUGCGUGUUCUUCUUCCUGGUCCUAGAGGUCACCUCUCUGUUGGGGAGGCAGAUGAUGCUCACUCAGUCGGUGAGAAGAGCCCAGCCUGGGAAGAGGACCUCAGGCAUCUUUGCCAAGCCUGCUGACCCCCUGGACAGUUCUGGGGAGUGGACAACAUGGUUCAACAUCGACCACCCAGGUGGGCGGGGUGACUACGAGCGGCUGGAUGCCAUUCGCUUCUACUACGGGCACCAGGUGUGUCCUCGGCCCUUGCAGCUAGAGGCUAGGACCACCGACUGGAUACCCGCAGGCAGCACUGGCCAAGUGGUCCAUGGCAGCCCCCUUGAGGGCUUCUGGUGCCUCAACAGGGAGCAGCGGCCCGGCCAGAACUGCUCCAAUUAUACUGUGCGCUUCCUCUGCCCGCCAGGAUCCCUGCGCCAAGACACAGAGCACAGCCUCUGGAGCCCGUGGUCUCCCUGGAGCAAGUGUUCUGCUGCUUGUGGUCACCCUGGGGUCCAGACCCGAACACGCACCUGCUUAGCGGAGACGGUGUCACUGUGCAAUGAUGCCACCGAGGAGGGCCGGCUCUGCAUGGAGCAGGCCUGUUCAGCCUGUGACCUGACCUGCCCCAUGGGCCAGGUGAAUGCUGACUGUGACGCCUGCAUGUGCCAGGACUUCGUGCUGUAUGGGGUUGUCUCCCUCCCUGGGGGCGCCCCAGCCUCAGGGGCUACUGUCUACAUCCUGACCAAAACACCUAAGCUAUUGACCCAGACGGACAGCCGCGGGAGGUUCCGCGUCCCUGGCUUGUGCCCCGAUGGCAAAAGCAUCCUGAAGAUCACAAAAACCAAGUUUGCCCCUAUCAGGCUCACAAUGCCUAAGACUAGACUGAAGGCAGCCACCAUCAAGGCGGAGUUCAUGAGGGCAGAGACUCCAUACAUUGUGAUGAACCCCAAGACAAAAGCACGGAUUGCUGGGCAGAGUGUGUCCCUGUGCUGUAAGGCCACGGGGAAGCCCAAACCAGACAAGUAUUUCUGGUACCAUAACAGCACACUGUUGGACCCCUCCCUCUACAAACACGAGAGCAAGCUGGUGCUGAGGAAUCUGCAGCGGGACCAGGCCGGGGAGUACUUCUGCAAGGCCCAGAGCGACACUGGGGCUGCAAAGUCCCAUGUCGCCCGGCUGACUGUCAUAGCCCCCGAUGAGACUCCUUGCAACCCAACCCCUGAGAGCUACCUUAUCCAGCUGCCCCAUGAUUGUUUCCAGAAUGCCACCAAUUCCUUCUACUAUGAUGUGGGUCGUUGUCCUGUCAAGACCUGUGCAGGGCAGCAGGAUACUGGGAUCAGGUGCCAGGAUGCUGUGGAGAACUGCUGUGGGAUCUCUAAAACAGAGGAGAGGGAGAUCCAGUGCAGUGGGUACACGCUGCCCACCAAGGUGGCCAAGGAGUGCAGCUGCCAGCGGUGUACGGAGACCCGGAGUAUCGUUCGGGGACGCGUCAGCGCCUCUGACAAUGGGGAACCCAUGCGCUUUGGCCACGUGUACAUGGGGAACAGCCGUGUGAGCAUGACUGGCUACAAGGGCACGUUCACCCUCCAUGUCCCUCAGGACACUGAGAGGCUGGUGCUCACAUUUGUGGACAGGCUGCAGAAGUUUGUCAACACCACCAAAGUGCUGCCCUUCAAUAAGAAGGGGAGUGCGGUGUUCCAUGAGAUCAAGGUGCUUCGGCGGAAAGAGCCCAUCACCUUGGAGGCCAUGGAGACCAACAUUAUCCCCUUGGGGGACGUGGCUGGUGAAGAUCCUGUGGCUGAGCUGGAGAUCCCAUCCAAGAGUUUCUACCGGCAGAACGGGGAUCCCUACACAGGAAAAGUAAAGGCCAGUGUGACCUUCCUGGAUCCCCGGAAUAUUUCCACAGCUACUGCUGCCCAGAGUGACCUGAACUUCAUCAAUGAUGAAGGAGACACCUUCCCCCUUCGGACAUACGGCAUGUUCUCUGUGGACUUCACAGAUGAGGCCUCCUCAGAGUCACUUAAUGUUGGCAAGGUGAAGGUCCACCUCGACUCAACCCAGGUCAAGAUGCCAGAGCACUUGCCCAUGAUGAAACUCUGGUCACUCAAUCCAGGUACAGGGCUGUGGGAGGAGGAAGGUGACUUCAAAUUUGAAAGCCAAAGGCGGAACAGAAGAGAAGACAGGACCUUCCUGGUGGGCAACAUGGAGAUCCGUGAGAGGAGGCUCUUUAACCUGGAUGUCCCUGAAAGCAGGAGGUGCUUCAUCAAGGUGAGGGCCUACCGAAGUCAGAGGUUCUUGCCCAGUGAGCAGAUUCAGGGUGUCGUGGUCUCUGUGAUCAACCUGGAGCCCAGGACUGGCUUCUCCUCUAACCCCAGGGCCUGGGGCCGCUUUGACAGUGUCAUCACUGGCCCCAAUGGGGCCUGUCUGCCUGCCUUCUGUGAUGACCAGUCCCCUGAUGCUUACUCUGCCUACGUCUUAGCCAGCCUGGCUGGGGAAGAACUGGAAGCAGUGGAGUCUUCUCCUAAAUUCAACCCAAAUGCAAUUGGUGUCCCUCAGCCCUACCUCAACAAGCUCAAGUACCGCCGGACAGACCAUGAGGACCCACAGGCCAAGAAGACAGCUUUCCAGAUCAGCAUGGCCAAGCCAAGGCCCAACUCAGCUGAGGAGAGCAAUGGACCCAUCUAUGCAUUCGAGAACCUCCAGGCAUGUGAGGAAGUACCUCCCAGUGCGGCCCACUUCCGGUUCUACCAGGUUGAGGGGGAUCGGUAUGACUACAACACGGUCCCUUUCAAUGAGGAUGACCCCAUGAGCUGGACUGAAGACUACCUGGCAUGGUGGCCCAAGCCAAUGGAGUUCAGGGCCUGCUAUAUCAAGGUGAAGAUUAUGGGGCCACUGGAGGUGAACGUGCGAUCCCGUAACAUGGGGGGCACCCACCGGCAGACAGUGGGAAAGCUAUACGGAAUCCGGGAUGUGAAGAGCACGCGGGACAGGGACCAGCGCAAUGUCUCAGCUGCCUGUUUGGAGUUCAAGUGCAGUGGGAUGCUCUAUGACCAGGACCGUGUAGACCGCACGCUGGUGAAGGUUAUCCCCCAGGGCAGCUGCCAUCGAGUCAGCGUAAACUCCAUGCUGCAUGAGUACCUGGUCAACCACCUACCACUGGCGGUCAAUGACGACACCAGUGAGUACACCAUGCUGGCACCCUUGGACCCACUGGGCCACAACUAUGGCAUCUACACUGUCACUGACCAGGACCCUCACACGGCCAAGGAGAUUGCGCUUGGCCGGUGCUUUGAUGGCACAUCUGAUGGCUCCUCCAGAGUCAUGAAGAGCAAUGUGGGAGUGGCCCUGACCUUUAACUGCGUAGAGAGGCAGGUGGGCCGUCAGAGUGCCUUCCAGUACCUCCAGAGCACCCCGGCCCGGCCCUCCCCCGCAAGCACUGUCAGGGGAAGAGCACCUUCAAGGAGGCAGUGGGCAAGUCAGGGUGGCCAGCGCCGGCGCAGAGGGGCGGCCUCUCUGAGGUUUUCUGGGGUUGCUCAGCAGCCUCUGAGCAACUAA